AUGCCUGUCUCUUGCUUUGGAAAUGGCUUCAUACAGAGCCUCAGGAGGAGACUCCGCAAGAAAUCCCCCGACAAGACAGAUGAAAAUCCAUCGGAAGAUUGCUUGCCGAGCCCAGAAAUGUCUCUCGUCACUCAAGCCGCUCCCCAGGAACUGGAAGAUUUAUGGAUGGGAGCAGAAUGGCGGCUCAAGCAGAAUGAAACGACGAAAAAUAUUUUAACAGCAUCGGCCGAAAUCCUUCAAAUUCACUUUGGACUGAAUGUUCAGACAGAGGGGAUAACCGGCCGGGAACUCUGUGGUUUCCUAGAUACUAAGAAUCGCGAGCUGGAAGAGAACAAGUGGGUGGUUCAUUUUGGCGGUCACAAGAUCAAAGUCGAGCAACAACUCACAAGAGCAUUCCAAAAUGUCUUGAUGGUCAAGGAUGUGUUUACUACGGCCGCAUCUGCAAGCCCGCCAGCUGCAAUAGCCUGCGCCGGUGUUACUGUUGGUCUUCUGUUUGUUGUGCAGGCUUUUGAGCAACAUGAAUGCCUAUUACAGGGCAUAGAGUUGACCUCUGCCUUGAUUCCUCGCCUCCAUGUCAUGAAAGAUUCUUACGCGCAUUCCGAUGAAGGCUCCAAUGUUCAGUUAAAGGAGAAAUUCAAGGAAAACCUGCUUUCAUUAUAUUCCAAGAUACUGGAAUUCCAGGCUCGAGCGCUGUGCUAUCUAUAUAAGCAUACCAUCUCUCGGGCUUUCAGAAACAUGUUCAAGCAGGAUGCGUGGGAUGAUUUGUUGAAGGACAUUAAAAGACUUGAGGAUUCAGCAAAGAGUUUCACUUCCCUGAUACAUAAUGCGGACACCAAGCAAAGGCUUGAUGAGAUCCAAGCCUCUGUUGAUCAGUUUCAGAUAUGGAAAUUCACGUCAACCCGAGAUGAGAGGAUGAAAAAGUUCUUCAAACAGCUCUACACCUGCCCUUACCGAGACCGCAAAGACCGGAAUGACAAGCGUGUGCCUGGUACAUGUAACUGGUUUACCAGCCAUGACCGAUUCCACAACUGGGAGCAGAGCGAUCACUCCAGCCUUCUAUGGGUUUCAGCCGAUCCAGGGUGUGGAAAAUCAGUAUUGGCGAAGUACUUGGUUGAUGAGUUACUUCCCAACUCUACAAGAACAGUUUGUUACUUCUUUUUCAAGGACGACUUUUCCGACCAGAAGAGCGCAUCAAACGCAUUUGCCGCAAUCUUACGCCAACUUUUCAUGGUGCAGCCGCACUUGCUAUCUGAUUCUGUCAUGGACAAGCUGGACACUGAUGGAGACAAGCUUAUUGGAUCCUUCAGUGACCUAUGGAAUAUCUUGAUGACUGUCGCAACUGGUGAGAAUGUUUGUGAAAUCAUCUGUGUCUUGGAUGCUUUGGAUGAGUGCCAAGCCGAUGACCGUAUGCAACUCAUUGAAGCUGUGAGAGAGUUUUACUUGGCUGACGCCAAGAGGCACAAUCUUAAGUUUCUCAUCACAAGUAGGCCAUAUGACCAUAUUCGCCGCGGUUUCCACAAAUUGGAGGCUCAAUUGCCCACAAUCCAUUUAAGCGGUGAAGGCGAAGUUGAGGUCCAGAAAAUUUCACGCGAGAUAGACUUGGUCAUCGAACAGCGGGUUAGGGAUAUCAGUGCGCCAAGGAAUCUAAAGCCUGAUCAGCUCGAAUCUCUUCGGAGAGAGCUCAUGUCUAAAUCUAAAUCCCAACGCACGUAUUUGUGGGUAAGCCUUACGUUGAAUGUCAUAGAGAACAUGACAGAGUUCACGAACGGAGAGAUCCGUAAAGUGAUUCAUCAUGUGCCUCAAAAUGUCAAUGAAGCUUAUAAUAAAAUCCUGAAUCGGGGUCCUAACCGCGAAAAGGCUAAGAGACUACUGCACAUAAUCACUGCAGCAAGGCGACCAUUAUCUCUUAAGGAAGUUUCUGUGGCUUUAGCUUUUAGUGCAGGGGCCCAUCAUUCCAUCGAGGACAUCUGUGAUCACAUUGAAACAGACGACCAACGAAUCCAAGCAACCAUCAGAGAUCUGUGUGGGCUCUUUCUGGUGGUCGUAGACUCAAAUGUCUAUUUGCUUCACCAGACCGCAAAGGAGUUCUUAGUGCGGAACAACUCUGCAGAACCCAUAAGCUCUCAAAUUGAGGGAUGGGAACACUCCUUGCUGCCGGAGAUGUCUCACCAGAUUCUCGCAGAGGCCUGCACAUUAUACUUGGUCCAAGAGAACAUCAGAGAAGGUCCCACGUGCACGUUCCUGGACUACGCAGCACAGAAUUGGGUAUCUCAUUUUCGUGCAGCCAGUAUCCAAAGCAAGGAUCCGGUAAUGAAACGAGGACUCAUCCUCUGCGAACCAGAAUCAAGGAUUUACGAGACAUGGUCCUAUAAGAAUAAAACUAUAAGAUGGGGCCCUGCGCAGAAUGCAAGCUCCCUUAUCAUUGCAUCUUAUUUGGGGCUUGCAGCAGUUGUACAUCAGCUCCUUGAGGUUGGGAAAGUGGACGUGGAUUCAGAGGAUUCUGAUGGUCGGACACCUUUAUCAUACGCAGCAGAGAUUGGACAUGAGGCAGUGGUGAAGCUGCUGCUCAGCACUGGAAAAGUGGAUGUCGACUUGAGGGAUUUUAAUGGCCGGACACCUUUGUCAUAUGCAGCAGAGAUUGGACAUGAGGCAUUUCGGUUAUCAUCUACAGCACAGAAUGGACAAGAGGCAGUGGUGAAGUUGCUGCUCAGCACUGGAAAAGUGGAUGUGGAUUCAGAGGAUUCUGAUGGUCGGACACCUUUAUCAUAUGCAGCACAGAAUGGACAUGAGGCAGUAGUGAAGCUGCUGCCUGACACUGGAAAAGUGGAUGUGGACUCGAAGGAUUCUGAUGGUCAGACACCUUUAUCAUAUGCAGCACGGAAUGGACAUGAGGUAGUGGUGAAGCUGCUGCUUGACACGGGAAAAGUGGAUGUGGACUCGAAGGAUUCUGAUGGCCGGACACCAUUAUCAUAUGCAGCAGAGAUUGGACAUAAGGUAGUUAUGAAGCUGCUGCUCAGCACUGGAAAAGUAGAUGUGGACUCAAAGGAUUCUAAUGGCCUGACACCUUUAUCAUACGCAGCACAGAAUGGACAUGAGGCAUUUUGGUUAUCAUCUACAGCACGGAAUGGACAUGAGGCAGUAGUGAAGCUGCUGCUUGACACUGGAAAAGUGGAUGUGGACUCAAAGGAUUCUAAUGGUCGGACGCCUUUAUCAUAUGCAGCACGGAAUGGACAUGAGGCAGUGGCAAAGCUGCUGCUUGACACUGGAAAAGUGGAUAUGAACUCAAAGGAUUCUGAUGGUCGGACACCUUUAUCAUAUGCAGCACGGAAUGGAAAUGAGGCAUUUUGGUUAUCAUCUGCAGCACGGAAUGGACAUGAGACAGUGGUGAAGCUGCUGCUUGACAUGGGAAAAGUGGAUGUUGACUCAAAGGAUUCUGAUAUUCGGACACCUUUAUCAUAUGCAGCACAGAAUGGACAUGAGGCAGUGGUGAAACUGCUGCUUGACACUGGAAAAGUGGAUGUGGACUUGAGGGAUUUUAAUGGCCGGACACCUUUGUCAUAUGCAGCAGAGAUUGGACAUCAGGCAUUUUGGUUAUCAUCUGCAGCACGGAAUGGACAUGAGACAGUGGCAAAGCUGCUGCUUGACACUGGAAAAGUGGAUAUGAACUCAAAGGAUUCUGAUGGUCGGACACCUUUAUCAUAUGCAGCACGGAAUGGAAAUGAGGCAUUUUGGUUAUCAUCUGCAGCACGGAAUGGACAUGAGGCAGUAGUGAAGCUGCUGCUUGACACUGGAAAAGUGGAUGUGGACUCAAAGGAUUCUAAUGGUCGGACGCCUUUAUCAUAUGCAGCACGGAAUGGACAUGAGGCAGUGGCGAAGCUGCUGCUCAGCACUGGAAAAGUGGAUGUGGACUCGAAGGAUUCUGAUGGUCGGACACCUUUAUCAUAUGCAGCACGGAAUGGACAUGAGGCAGUGGUGAAGCUGCUGCUUGACACCAGAAAAGUGGAUGUGGACUCGAAGGAUUCUGAUGGUCGGACACCUUUAUCAUAUGCAGCAUGGAAUGGACAUGAGGCAGUGGCAAAGCUGCUGCUUGACACUGGAAAAGUGGAUAUGAACUCAAAGGAUUCUGAUGGUCGGACACCUUUAUCAUAUGCAGCACGGAAUGGAAAUGAGGCAUUUUGGUUAUCAUCUACAGCACGGAAUGGACAUGAGGCAGUAGUGAAGCUGCUGCUUGACACUGGAAAAGUGGAUGUGGACUCAAAGGAUUCUAAUGGUCGGACGCCUUUAUCAUAUGCAGCACGGAAUGGACAUGAGGCAGUGGCAAAGCUGCUGCUUGACACUGGAAAAGUGGAUAUGAACUCAAAGGAUUCUGAUGGUCGGACACCUUUAUCAUAUGCAGCACGGAAUGGAAAUGAGGCAUUUUGGUUAUCAUCUGCAGCAUGGAAUGGACAUGAGACAGUGGUGAAGUUGCUGCUCAGCACUGGAAAAGUGGAUGUGGAUUCAGAGGAUUCUGAUGGUCGGACACCUUUAUCAUAUGCAGCACAGAAUGGACAUGAGGCAGUAGUGAAGCUGCUGCUUGACACUGGAAAAGUGGAUGUGGACUCGAAGGAUUCUGAUGGUCGGACACCUUUAUCAUACACAGCAUGGAAUGGACAUGAGGCAUUUUGGUUAUCAUCUACAGCAGGGAAUGGACAAGAGGCAGUGGUGAAGCUGCUGCUUGACACUGAAGAAGUGGAUGUGGACUCAAAGGAUUCUAAUGGCCGGACACCAUUAUCAUAUGCAGCAGAGAUUGGACAUAAGGUAGUUAUGAAGCUGCUGCUCAGCACUGGAAAAGUGGAUGUGGACUCAAAGGAUGCCGAUGGUCGGACACCUUUAUCAUAUGCAGCAAGGUAUAAACGUGGUUCACUGAUGAAGGGGAAGAAGCUAUCUUUGUUUUCUAGCCGGAAACUCAAAGCAUUUGCAGCACGGAAUGAACAUGAGGGAGUUGUCAAGCUGCUGCUUGACACUGGAAAAGUGGAUGUAAACUCGAAGGAUUCUGAUGGUCGGACACCUUUAUCAUAUGCGGCAGGGAAUGGAUCUAGGGCAAUAGUGAAGCUUCUCUCUGAUGCUAAGGAAAGGGGCAUCUCAGUGGCGAAUAACCAACAAGUCAAUACCAGUACAAAUUAG